GGAGGCAGAGCAGAAGAUAGUCCGGCUACAAGACAGCAUGGGAAAACACAUAGUGUUGUUUUCAAAUAGCCGAUUACAACAGAACAACUUCUAAAACAGAAAAGAGAGAGAAUAUGAGAAACAGUUUAAUCACUUUUCCACAGAGAGGAUGACAUAAUGUCUAAUGCAUCUAAUUUAACGUAUCCAUGUAUACCAGGCAAUACUCUCUGUGAAGUGCUUUUAUAUGAAGUAGAACUGAUUGUUGUUCCAGUGGUGUUUUUUUUGCUUUUUUUCACCUUACUGAUCAUCGUGUUUGUGCUCAAAUGUUGCUACCAUAAGCCAACAAAGCCUUAUCAACACCAUAUAAUUGAAAAACAUGACACACAAAACCAUAACAACACACAAAGGCAUCGCAACAGUGCCAGACAGCACCUGCAAGGCAUUGAUGCACCACCGCAGUUUAACCCAAUGGAGCAUGAGGUUAUCCCAAUGUCAGCCCAAAGUCAUCAUAACAACCAGAAUGGCAAGCCUGCAGUACCGCAGACGUCCACAGAGAGGAGCCGUGACAUCUUUGAACUGAUCACACCACUGCCACCUACACUCUCUGUGCAACACCACGACUCGGUCACGCUGUAUAGAGCUGUCAUGGACAAACAGCCCGUGAUUUUACGAGUGCUUAAAGAAUCAGCUGAUGCCCGAGAGCAUAAAUCUUUUCUGGGAUUUGCCCGCUUUCUGACAGAGCUGGGCCCUCACACAUCUCUGCCCAGACUGCUGGGUGUGGUGACUGUGGAGAGGCCAUUGAUGAUCGUGAUGGAGGAGCUGGAACACAGAGACCUGUUGAGCUUCCUGUGGAGGUGCAGAAAGGAACGCACGGGUCAGACAGCACCGUGUGACUUGACUGAAAGGCGAAUCUUUACCAUGGGCGCUCAGAUUGGAUCUGCUCUGGAGUAUCUGCAUAGUAAAAACUACAUCCAUGGAAAUGUCAGAGCUCGAAGCAUCCUGGUUGGUCAGGACCUGUCAGUCAAGCUUUGGGGGUUGGGGCCAGCAUUUCGGAGGACGAUGGAUGUGGGUUCUUCGAUGGAUAGUGUGGAACAUGUAGAAAUGAAGAAGUGGCAAGCUCCAGAGGUGUUGGCACGGAAACCUCUGCAGCCCAGUAGCGACAUAUGGUCAUUUGGCAUUUUGCUGUACGAAAUGGUCACGCUAGGUGACGUUCCUUUUCCCAACAUUAUGCCAAGUGAACUUCUGCAGUAUUUACAGAGAGGAAAUAAAUUGAAAAAACCACCCAGCUGCUCUAAAACCCUAUAUUCCAUCAUGGAGAACUGCUGUCAUUGGAAACCAAACGAUCGAACCUCAUUGGCUGAGCUGAUUCGAAAGCUCCAAUCAGCAGAGAGCAGAGCAAACGAUCAGACAGUGAUAAGAGUGUCAGAGCCGCUGGACAUAGAGAAUUACAUGAAGGAAGUGGGUUACACAGAUUCAUUCAGCUACGCUGCGCUCUAAUGCUUCUUUUGUGUGUCAUUCAAAUUCAAGAAUCACGGAUCAUCAAAAGAUCAGCACACUAGCUAUUAAAUGACCAUUGCAAGGUCUCAUGCUAGUACAUUUAAAACGUUCAAAAAGAGCCCAGGGCAACCAAUCUGAUGCAUUACAUGUCUGGUGCAUUAUGGUUGGUUUGUGUGUUAGGCACACUGGUUUGAAAUAACUUGAAGGCGAGUCAAUUAUGAAGGAAUUAACAUUUUUGGGUGAUAAGAAAAACACCCAAAUAAUGGUAAAAAAUAUUAUGUAUAAUUUGCACCAAAUUUGUUAUAAUUAAUUAAUUUAUGUAAUGUAAAUGACUCUAUGGAGAAGUUUAUGUAUACUGUACAUAUAGCCUACAUAACUACAUAAAUAUUUUGUUAGCACAAUACUUAACAUAAUAUGGAUUUAUUUAUUUCAGUCCAUGGGUAUGUGGCCACAUCCUUUAAGAAAGUGCCUUAGUUGCUCUUUGCAUAUGUUUGCAUAUUAUUGUAUGUAGGCUAUGUAUUUAAACAACAUUCAUUAUUGUUAGUAUGUAAAUAGAUUUUUAUUAUCAUCAGCGCAUCAGAUAAUUAUGACCUGAUUUGCUGUUGAAUAUCAUUUCCCAACUAAGUACUUGGAAAAUAAAUU